AUGGCGUCCGCCGAGCAGGACCCGCUGCUCCUCCUGCGCCAGUCCAUCGCCUCCAAGCGCGCCGCGAUCCCCUCAGCCUCCCCAGACGCCGCCGACGAGGCCCCCCUCGCCCGAGCCACACACCUGCACUUCCCUCACCCGCGACCAGUCUCCAUCAGCCUCGGCACGCCGACGCGCUUCAUCAGCAGCGACCGCCCCGUCGACCUGCGCUCCAUCUACUUUGCCUGGCUCAACAAGGAUGUCGCCAUCCCCGAGUACAACGCCUCGGCCACGCGGCUCAACGACGACCUCGGCGCCCUCGGCAACGUCCAGAACCUGGCCUUUGUCGAGCGCCUCGAUCUCUUCACCUGGCUCGAGGGCGCGAGCGAGGAGUCGGAGCACAUCAGGCCCUUGGCCGGCGAGGGCAAGGACGGCGCCGCCGCCGCCAGUGCCGUCAAGGCUGCGCCGUCGGCCGCCGUCGCGCGGAGUGGACGCGGGACGCUCGACCCGCGGCUGGCUGUCAUCUACAACGGCGAGCGCAGGAUGGGCGAUCGCAAUUCCGUCCUUCGCGGCGUCAAGCCCACGGACUUCUCCCACGUCCGCAAGCUCGCCGCACCGUUCAUCCAGAAGAAGCCCGGCACGGGCCCGAACCCCGUCUCCGCCAACCCCUCCCUGGCGCUCAACCAAAAGGCACCCUCACGCCGGCCCGACCCCAUCAUCCUCCUCUCGCCCUCGGCCUCGUCCAUCCUGCGCAUGUCCAACAUUCGCUCUUUCCUCGAGCAGGGCCGCUACGUCGCCCCCGACAGCAGCAGCGCCUCGUCGUCGUCGGGCAUGCUCCACGUGUCCCGCGUCCUCAAGGACAUUGACCCGGCGCGCCCCAUGCGCUUCAUCCUCGUCGAAGGCCCCGAGCAGUUCAAGCCCGAGUACUGGAACCGCGUCGUGGCCGUCUUCACGACGGGCCAGACGUGGCAGUUUAAAAACUACAAGUGGAACCAGCCCCAGGAGCUCUUCCGCCACGUCCAGGGCAUCUUUGUCGGCUGGCGCGGCGAGACGCCGCCCGAGAACGUGCGCAACUGGGGCCACCGCGUCAUGCAGCUGGGCGUCGACAGACCGCGGCACGCCGUGGGCGCCGUCCCCGGCGCCGGCGACGCCGCGCGCUUCCGCGACAAGGAGGUCGUCGAGGCCAUCUGGAAGCAGGUCGAGGCCCAGAUGCGGGCCAAGGGGUGGACCAAGAACACGGCACCGACGCUCAUCUAG